AUGGGAUGCUGCAAUUUUGUUGGAGAUCUAAGACGUAUUGGAUUCACAGCAAAUUUUGAACACUGCCACAACAAUGGGGGGUACUGUGUCAGACCCACUUGUCCUCCUUCUGCCAGACUUGAGGGGAGCUGUUUCCCAGAGUCGUCCCCCUGUUGCAAGUACAUGAAAUGA